AUGGCGCCCAUUGUCCUGCAGAUGGAAGUGCACUGCAAGGGAUGCGGGAAGAAGAUCGAGAAGGCCAUCAAGAAAAUUGCUGGGGUGACGGCGGUGAAGCCUUACGUCGGGGAGGGGCGGGUCGAGGUGGAGGGCACCGCCGACGCCGAGGCGGUCAGGGCGCGGCUCGAGAGCAAGCUGAAGAAGCCCGUCGUCAUCAUCAGCACCGGCGUCGAGCCACCGCCGGCGCCGGCGCCCGCCGCUGCAAGAGAGGCCAUGCACGGCUGGUGGACAGCGUCGACGACGGCGGUGCGCAACGCCAUCGUCUCCGCCGCGAAGAAGAAGCUGGAAGAGGCUGAGGAGGAAGCAGCCGCCAUUGCCGGAGGCACCGUCGUCGUCGGCGGCGGCCCGGCGGCGCCGGCGCCGCCUCACACCGUUCUGAGGAUCGAUCGGCUGCACUGCUGGGGUUGCGCCAAGAAGGUACGCAAGGCCGUGAUGGAGUACCCCGGCGUCACCAAGGUGACGGUGGACAUCCCGGCAAACCUGAUGAUGGUCGCCGGGCAGUUCGACGCGGAGUGCCUCGCGCUGAGCGUCCGCGUCAAGACGAAGAAGAACGUCGACAUCGUCAGCGUCCCCCCGGCCCCGGCCGGAGGAAGCGCCGCCGCCGGCGAGGGCACAAGUCGAGCACCAUAG